AUGUCGAAGCGCAGCGAACCCGACGAUCCUACCGAGCUCCCACCCACUGAGGCCAGCAAGAAACCACGCCUCGACAUCCAAGAACAACUCAAGCGUGCUAGCACUCUUACUGCUCAGCUGCGCCAUGGGGUCGAGGAUGGUACGGACUCAAAGACCUCUGCUGCCAACCAAAUCGCCACUGAGGAGCUCACGCGCAUUUUUGAGAGUAUGCAGAAAAAGACCGUCGACACAUCCAAGUCCGUUGACGAUCUCAUCUCAGCUCAGAUCAAACACGAAGUCAAGCACAUCAUGGGCCAACUUUGGUGUUCAGUCUCCAAGCAUACUCCCUCUAUCGAUGCCCAGAUCAACAAAAUCCUCAAGCCUGCCGAUCAAUCCUACAAAGAGCACAUUGCUCAGAAGGUUCAGGAGAAGACGGAAGGUGUCACUUCAGGAGACUAUGUUGCUAUGAUCAAAGCAGCCGUCAAAGCAGUUCUGGUUGAAGAGUACAAGGAAAGUUCUGGCGCUGAGCUUUCUGCCAAGCUGGACCAGUUGCAGUAA